AUGCUGGAGCCUCAGGCGGGUCUGACUGUGGAGAAGGCGAGUGAAAUUCGCACCGCCGUCACUCUCGCCGCCGAACGUCAAGACUAUUUGGACCGCAAGCUGGCCGUUAUGGAACCUGCCCACCGUGUCUGCGCGGAAACUUUUCGCAAAGACGGUCUUCUGCUACCAUUGGGUUACUCGCGAAAGGACUUCGCGGUACCGAAUCCAACCUUCUUCCGCGACUUGGAGGCGUGGCCACUCAAAGAUUCUGCCGAUCCACUAGACGGGUGGGACAUUAGCCAUGUGCUCGCAACUUCUUCAGGACCCGCCACGUCUGACCUUUAUGGAAAGCUCUACUACUUCAUUCAGCACAAGUUGAAAGUCUUCGUGGAGCGUUUCAUGGGCCUUAGCUGUUCAUUAACGUUGUAUAACGUCGAUGCUACGGAUCUCCUGGACCAUCUCCAGGUAGGAACACUGGAUAGAGUCGAGGUCUCUAAUAUAUGUGACGAUGCAUAUCUGGGCGUUGCGAAAACUUUGGGGUAUUUAAGCCCACUCCUGCGCGAAUCUGCCGCGAAUCCGCACGCGACAAUGAUCAUGCUGUUCAUGAAUGCCGUGGACGAGGGACUCACUGAGGCUGAAGGAGCUGAGGAUUUGGUUGCCUCGGCGAAGGUGCUCAGGAACUUCCUACCGCCACUGUGCAACCCGCAGUCUCGAUAUGAUCCCGCCGUAAUGAGAAUUCACAUGGCUCAGUCACUUGUCCGGCGCAGCGACAAAUACUUCAAAAGGUUAGAAACCUUCCUGAGAGAGUAA